UUAACCGUGACCCUCUCUAUAUAAACGAAGAAGAACACAAGCAAAAUCAUUCAUUCAUCAGCCAAAGAAAAAAAAAACAAACUUCACUCAAUACCCAAAGAAGAAAAAUCAGAGAUGGCGACGUCAGGAACAUACGUGACGGAGGUUCCUUUGAAAGGAUCGGCGGAGAAACACUACAAGCGGUGGAAGACUGAGAACCAUCUCUUCCCCGACGCCAUUGGCCACCACAUUCAAGGUGUCACCGUCCACGAUGGUGAAUGGGACUCUCAUGGCUCCAUCAAGAUUUGGAACUACACAUGCGAUGGGAAACAGGAGGUGUUCAAGGAGAGGAGAGAGAAUGACGAUGAGAAUAUGGCGGUAACGCUCAGAGGGCUCGAAGGUCACGUGAUGGAGCAGCUUAAAGUCUAUGACGUCAUCUUUCAGUUCAUUCAAAAGUCGCCUAGUGAUAUAGUCUGCAAGAUCACUAUGAUAUGGGAGAAGCGAACCGAUGACUCGCCUGAGCCCAUCAACUACAUGAAGUUCGUCAAGAGCCUCGCUGCGGACAUGGACCACCACGUUAUCAAAUCCUAAAUCCGUUCCCAACCAUCAUCACCAGAUUCCCCACCGUCAUAUAUGGCUGCCUUGGUGUGUGUGUGUGGGCGCGCGACUUCGUAUGAUGUUAUAAUAAAUGGGGCUCUUGUAUGGUUUCUUUAAAAUCAUUAUAUUGAUGUUGUGUUGUAAUAUGCUUUGAUGUUGUUAUUAUGGUGAUUAAUCUCGAGUUUGAUGUAUUAUCAGUUAAAUAUAUGUAUCGUUGUUAACUAAUGA